GUACCUUCCAAGAGAAGUGGAUCCUUUGGUUUAUAACAUGUCACAUGAAGAUCCUGGUGAUAUAACUUACUCCAUGAUUGGUGGUCUUGGUGAACAAAUUCGAGAAUUAAGAGAAGUUAUUGAAUUGCCAUUGCUUAAUCCUGAAUUGUUCCAAAGAGUUGGCAUCACCCCACCAAAGGGAUGUCUCCUUUACGGUCCCCCUGGCACAGGGAAGACUCUCUUAGCAAGAGCUGUAGCCAGUCAGAUUGAAGCUAAUUUCUUGAAGGUUGUGUCAAGUGCAAUAGUUGAUAAAUAUAUUGGAGAAAGUGCUCGAUUGAUUAGAGAAAUGUUCAACUAUGCUAGAGAUCACCAGCCUUGUGUAAUAUUUAUGGAUGAAAUUGAUGCUAUUGGUGGGCGAAGAUUUUCUGAAGGCACUUCUGCCGAUAGAGAAAUUCAAAGAACUUUAAUGGAACUAUUAAAUCAGAUGGAUGGCUUUGACUCUCUUGGUCAAGUGAAAAUAAUUAUGGCAACAAACAGACCAGAUACUUUAGAUCCAGCACUUCUGCGUCCUGGAAGACUUGACAGAAAAAUUGAAAUUCCCUUACCUAAUGAGCAAGCACGGCUUGAAAUUUGUAAGAUACACGCUGCUCCAAUAACUAAACAUGGAGAAAUAGACUGGGAGGCAGUUGUUAAGCUCUCUGAUGGUUUCAAUGGUGCUGAUUUGAGAAACGUCUGCACAGAAGCUGGUAUGUUUGCAAUUCGAGCUGAUCGAGAAUUCGUAGUGGAAGAAGAUUUCAUGAAAGCUGUUCGCAAGGUUGCUGACAAUAAAAAGCUGGAAUCUAAAUUGGAUUAUAAACCUGUUUAAAAUAAACCAGGGUUUGAAAAAACCCAACCCGCCUGGGUUUUAUUAAAAAAAACUGUUUUUUCAUUUAGUACUCAUAAAUUUUACUGUGAAAAUAUUUUUAUUUAUUAAAUAGUGUUGUAUAAGUAAACACUAAAAUUUCAUCCGACUUAUACCUGUAAUAAA